GCUGUGGCGGAGGCGCGCUUCCCGGAACAGCCCGCGGAGGGCAGCGCGGCGAGAACCCACCCGCGGCCGUAGCUCCCGCGCGGACAUGGCCGCGGGGAUCGGGGCGCGGGCAGUGAUGGCCACGCGCGCCUGACAGGUGCGGAGCAUGUACGGCAAGGCGAGCAAGGGCUGCGCGCCCUCGGACGGCCAGGCGCGCGAGAAGCUUGCGCUGUAUGUAUAUGAGUAUCUACUGCAUGUGGGGGCACAGAAGUCAGCACAGACCUUCCUGUCUGAGAUCCGCUGGGAAAAGAACAUCACCUUGGGCGAGCCUCCUGGCUUCCUGCACUCCUGGUGGUGCGUCUUCUGGGACCUGUACUGCGCAGCGCCAGACCGCAGGGAGGCCUGUGAACACUCCAGUGAGGCCAAAGUCUUCCAGGACUAUAGUGCAGCAGCAGCAGCUCCCAGCCCUGUGAUGGGUACCUUGGCCCCUAACGAUGCAAUGGCAGCAGGUCCUGUGGCACCAGGCUUCUUUCAGCCCUUCAUGUCACCAAGGUUCCCAGGGGGUGCCCGUCCAAUCCUGAGGAUGCCGGGCCAGCCUCCUGUGGGCCUCCCUGGCUCCCAGCCCCUCAUCCCUGGUGCCAUGGACCCCUCCCCACGUGCACAGGGGCACCCCAGCCUGGGAGGUCCGAUGCAGAGGGUGACCCCUCCGAGGGGAAUGGCCAGUGUUGGGCCCCAGGGCUUUGGAACUGGCAUGCGUCCCCCACCCAAUUCCCUUGCCACCAGCCAGAUCCUGCCAUCCAUGAACAUGGGUCCGGGAGUGCGUGGCCCGUGGGCCAGUCCCAGCGGUAACUCGAUCCCGUACUCUUCCUCAUCUCCUGGCAGCUACUCGGGACCGACAGGAGGAGGUGGCGCCCCCGGAACACCCAUCAUGCCCAGCCCUGGAGACUCCACCAACUCCAGCGAGAACAUGUACACCAUCAUGAAUCCCAUCGGGCCGGGCGCUGGCAGGGCUAACGUGAGUGGGGGCCGGUGCGCCUCACCCGAUGGGGACCUCGCGGGGGGCGGCCGGCCCGAGCCCCACGCUGCCCUGUGCCCGCAGUUCCCGCUCGGCCCCAGCCCGGAGGGCCCAAUGGCCUCAAUGAGCACGAUGGAGCCGCACCACGUGAACGGAUCCCUGGGCUCGGGCGAUAUGGACGGGCUGCCGAAGAAUUCCCCCGGCGCCGUGGGCGGCCUGAGCAAGCCCGGGGACCCGCGCGACGACGGGCGAGAUGGCGGCUGCGGGACCUUCCUGCACCCGUUCGAGCGAAAGCUACUCCCCCGGCAUGACUAUGAGCGUGUGAUAGCCUCGGGUCCUGCUGGUGAGGUCUUGGGUCGCGGCAGCACCCCUGCCAUCCGGACUCCUGGCUAGCCCGGCCGGCCGGCAGGACCCCCACGAAGGACUUUUCUAAACACACAUAUAUACACACACACAAACUCAAAGGACCUCAGAGAAGUGCAGGCCUUCAAACCUGUGAGCUAUCACAGGGCUGGGGGGUGAGGGCAGGGGUUCUGCCAAUAAAUGCCAUUCAGUUUUGUCUUUGGUA